AUGCGCGACGCCGUCCAGCUCCAGCUCGCCGCCUGCGACGACGACCACAUCCUCUACCAGGUCGCCCUCGCCGCCUUGGACGCCUUCGUCACCGUCCGCGUGCACGGCGCCCGCGCGAAGACCUCCGCCUUUUUUGACAAGCUCUCGCGCGAGCGAUACUGGGACUCGUUCGCUGUCUUUGCGGGCAGUACCGUCGCAGAGGAGGCCUUCUUGGCCAUCAAUAUUCGCAAGCAGCUCACCGUCAUUGACGUCGCGCCGCAGUAUGAAGGGAGGGGCGUCGCGAAGAGGCUGGCAGCCGCGACGGGAGCGUCGGUUCGCUAUGGCUUAUUGGGCAAUUGUCGUAAGUUGUUGGAAGGCGUUGACGCCGUUAUUAUAGGAGCGGAGGAAGUGGCGAUGAAUGGGUGUGUCUUGGCCUCGCCCGGCGCGAGCAUUGUGGUUCAGAUUGCGAGGGAGCUGGGCGUGUCGGUCGUCGUGACGACGCAGGCCGUCAAGUUUUCGGAGGGCAUGAUCGUGGAUUGGAGUUAUGCGGGUUAUGAUGUCAUCAGGCCGCAUGAGAUUCUCACCAUUGUCACAGAGAUGAAUACGAGUGCAUAUAGUGCUUCGGACGCGCCCGAUGUGCUCAAGGUUUUGGCUCGGUGUUAG